CUCGUGCCGUAGUGGGUCUCAACAACAACUGACAGCUCGACUUACCGAGCAAGGAUUCCCUGGAAAAUCGGCGAGUUUCGCGUUUUGGAUCCAAUCGACGAUUUUUUUUUUUUUAAUUUAGCCCAAAUCAUCAAAACUACGGUUUUGAUUUCUUUUUUCCUGAGGAAUACCUUGAGGGCCACCUAACAUGGACGAAAGUGUCGCGUUGACGUUUAUUGUUUGGAAAAGACAAAGAUAGUGUUAGUGACUCUUCCUUAAAUCGUCAGGAUCCGGUGUUGACAGCAAUGCAUGAGAUUCUCGCUGUUUGGUUUUGUUCAGGACCUUUGCUAAUCUGUGUUGUCAGUGGAAUGACUAAAAGGAAUGCUGAAGUGUCAAUGGAUUCAUUGUUAUAAUUUUGUCAUUGUAUCUUAUCGAUCCUUUAUUCCUAGAUCGACCGACGUCUAGUCUAUGAAUCGAGAAAGUACCAAAGCAUAAAAAGGCUAAAAAGGUUUCUCGGUAAACUCGAUCUCUUGUCGCCGGUAUUUUCCUUAUCGUGACACCUGACGUAUGCCAUACACGACUCGUGCGUGCUACGAUACAUCUACGCUUUACAUAGUAAACGUUUUUUUCAGAUAUGCUUGAUAAUUAAUGAAAACAUCAUAAUACUUAUCGAUAAGGUCGCAUGGUUUAACUCGCACUAUCCGACGGACAGUGGAUGUAGCGUCGAGACACGCGGUUGGUUUCUGUUGCUUAUUUUUUUUUUUAUUUCCACGAACGUUCUAUCGAAUCUCUGUUCCCGAAAGACUAUGCCAAAAUACUUUCAUAUCGUAUCGUAUCGGAGCCUGUGGAAAUGAUCGUAUAAGUUUUGUCGACGGGUGGAUCAAGGGAUAAUCGGAAAAUGUGAUCGAAAAGACUUCAAAGAGAGAACAUAAAAAGAAUAUCCAAUUCUUGAAUAUUCCUUUGAUGAGAAAAGAUUGAGACCUCUCCGCAGGAGAGAAGAUUAAUCAUCGAGCUGGUACCAAACAUGGUCCUGGAACCAGGAGGCGGUUUGUCCUUUCCUUUGCCUCCUGGUAGCGGGUCUACUGCAUCCGGCGGCUCGCUUCUGGCACCGGCCAGAUUAUUUCAAAGAGCGACACCAGUCUUCCCGUUCCAUCUUACGGGAUGGCCACCUCAUCAUCCGGUUCUUGGGCAGGUCCAAAGCCAAGUUCAACAGACGAUGCAGGCCCAGCAUCAGGCAGCUGCAGCGGCUGUCAGAUUCCUCAGUCAUCAUCAUCCUCAUCAUCCUCAUCCUGCUUUAGGAAAUCAUCCGUUGGUACCGACGAUCACCGGUCAUCAUCCGGCAGCUCAUCAUCUUCAUCACAAUGCAGAUCAUGGCGAUGAGGAUGAUGAGAAAAAAGGCUGCGAUGGUGAAUCCGACGAAGGUGGUAGCAAAAGACGAAGAAGCAGGACUAACUUUAAUAGCUGGCAACUGGAAGAAUUGGAACGAGCCUUCCUGUCGAGUCAUUAUCCCGAUGUAUUUAUGCGGGAAGCUCUGGCAGUCAGACUUGAACUGAAAGAAAGCCGCGUCGCUGUAUGGUUUCAAAAUAGAAGAGCAAAGUGGAGGAAAAAGGAACAUACGAAAAAGGGACCUGGUAGGCCGGCACACAAUGCUCAUCCUCAGAGUUGCAGCGGUGAGCCAAUACCACCCGAGGAAUUGAGGAGGAAAGAACGUGAAAGGCGGCAAAAGAAAUUGUUGAAGGCUCUUGAGCGACAACAACGAAAACUUGCCGCUAAGGGUAUAACAGUGGACUUGUCGACUUUAAGAGCCGAGUGGGAGUCUCGAACAGCGGCGGCGUCAGGUAGCAAUUCUCUAAGCGGCCAUCUUGGAAAUUCCUUUGGACAUUUAGGUAACAACGAGAGUAGCAGCGUCUCCGGUUCUGGUAACGAUGCUAACGAAGAGAUCGACGUUGUUGGGGGUUUGGAUUCCUGUAGCGAAAGUGGAAGUGAGAGAGUUGAUUCAGCAGCCGACGGUUCCGUUGACGGGGAGUCUUAUCCAAGAUUGGUUAAUGGAAGUACCGAUCAGACAGAUCAGAGACAGAGCACGAAUCACGCGAGUACCAAUACACAAAAUCCAAAUUCGUCUUUGAGUCUGGAUCAUUUGAAUCAUCAACAAGGUAUUCAUCAUUGGGGUUUGAGCCUUCUCGAGCGAAGACGGGAAUUAGUGAAUAUAUCUGCGGUCCGACAGGCAGCGAAUAAUAGUAACAACAACAAUAACAACAAUAACAAUAACAACGUUACUCGACUGAUUAGGCAACAAAGUAGCGAGGAAGACGUUCAGAGUAGCAGUAUAGACUUGUCCGUGAAGGGUCGCGAGGAGAGAAAAAGGCUGAAUCCAUUUUCUAUCGACAGUCUACUCGGUAACAAUAACAGGACAAGUACACCUGUAAUUAAUCAGAAUGAACAUCGAGCUUCCACGCCUACGUUGUCGAAUGGAAGGGAGUCAAGUACUCCAACGUCACCUAUUUCGGUGCCCACUUCGCCGUCCACGACGUAGUGACGUUUCGAUAGUUUAGUCCGAUUUUCUGUAUGUUCAUUUUUAACAAAGUCGAAUGAAAAGAAAUGUUGACGUGUUGGUUUUGGACUUUCGAUAUUUUUUCAAUCCAAAUAUCGUGAUUGUUCGAAUAAUUAAACACGUUUAUCAAAAAUUACAAAUGAAUACAGGACUUAUCGGUAACUUCGAUGACUUCUCGCGAUUGCAGUAAAUCUUCCAAACUUCCAAAGACUGGGACUAUCGAGAAAGAAUAAUAAAAUAAAAAAAGAAAAAAAAAAUUAAAAAAAGAACUUCUCAAACGAGUUACGAGUCUGUAACGUGUUUCCACGAUAUCACCUAAGGGAUAGACCAACAACAACGAUUUACUUUGACAAAGCGAAGAAAGAGAAAAAACAACGCCUAUAUCAGUUACGACAUAUCUACAGCGAGUGGACGCCGAUUUGAACGAAGUUUAUCUUUCGCUUAGGGCAUAUGCGAGGUGAAAGAUAAAUGAAGAGGAGAAUGUGCAAUAAAAUACGAAUGGAUAGUUCGAAAUGACUUCGGUCAAUAAUCGGAACGAUGUCGUGAUCGAUAUUACCGAAGAUAAAAGUGUGAAUCGUGCAUGUGUGGUUCUUUGCCGUGUGAUAGUGAGAAAAGAAGAGAUAAUUAAGGAAGGAUGAGGGAAAGAGGAAAAAUUCAAAUUAUGUGUGCGCGUCUGCUAUGUGUAUGCGUGUGCGUAUGCGUGUACGUAUGUGAGUGUGCGUGUGUGUCCAUACAAGAGAGAAAGAAAGAGAGAAAGACAAAUAGAAAUGAAAGACAAGCAUGUGUAUUUAAUGUAUAUAAUUAGAUCCAAAAUAACGGAGGAUUCACGUUUUAUUUAAUUCACGUAGCUGAUAAAAAGCAAGUGUUCGUCGAAUCGCGGAUAUUAUUUAAAUUUUAAAGCAAUAGAGAUUUCGCCUGGUAUACCUAUGUAUAUAAUAGAAGAACUUAUAAAAGAUCUAGGCAGGCGCAAUAAGCCAAGAUAACGACAAAGGGAUACAGAAAGGGAUGCGUUUUCCUUUGACCCUCAUUCACACAUUCACAUCGAGCGUAAACGUUAGCCGGUGGAAAGUUGUGGGGAAGCGAGGGGGAGAGAGGGAGAGAGAGAGAAAGAGAGAGAGAGAGAGAGAGAGAGAGAGAGAGAGAGAGAGAGAGAAUGAGAAAAAUAAAGCGAUGCCAUAAAAUCCAGGAUGCAAGAUAGUACGUACCAUAUAUCCAUUAAAAAUAUAUUAAUUUAUUCUCAAGACUAUGCUGCUCGUUCUAUCCUAACGACCUUAUCCACUUCUUCAUUCAUUCACAGGCUCCAUAUUAUAUCCGGAACAAAUUUUUGCUUCGUGCUCCUUUUCUCGCCAUUAUCUUGAUGAAAUAAUUUUUCAUAAAAAAUCUUCAUCCUACCAAUAAUUUCGAGAAAAAAAAAAUUAUUUACUUGAAUGCGCGCAAACAUUACGUCACGAUCUUAAUUGUUCACUUUGAACUUUU